AUGGGACUCAUUGGAGUUUCACGAAAUCUUCUGGUGUUCAUAUCAGUUCUGUCUCUAACAAACUCGACAGCAGUGGCAGCAAAUACUACAACUAACACAACUGGGAUUUUCUAUCCAUUUGGUUCGGCGGUUGGAGACAUUCAAACUCUUGUUAAUUAUGGUGGUGAAGACUCUGCUUCAGUUAACCUAACCAGUCCAUUUAUAUAUUUUGGCCGCACAUACAACCUGAUAUAUGUUAACUAUAAUGGACUCCUUUCAUUCAACCAACCGAUAAUAGAAGAUCCUUACACUUUUCCAUCUAAUGGAAGUCAAGAUGUAAUUGCUCCUCUCUGGGCUGACUUUGAUGACUAUGGAAUUAUUGCGUUCUACUAUCAGCAGUACACAUCUGGAAAUGUCCUCACACGAGCCACAGAUGAUAUCAGACGCUAUUACCCUGGUCUGAGCUUCAACGCUUCUUGGGUCUUUGUAGCAACUUGGGACUAUGUUCAAACUUCAGAUUUAAACACAUUUUUACAGCAUUUAGCCCCAUCAAUCUCAUUUCAAGCGGUUUUAAUUUCGGAUGGUGUCUCCUCCUUUAUUCUGAUGAACUAUGGUAACAUGAGUGUGAUCAAUUAUCCAGUGGAGGCUGGAUAUGACACAAUAGGCUCCACACAUUACUUUGUCAUUCCUGGGUCAAACAACGGCAACCUCAUCCCAAACCUCAAGUCCUCAAGUAAUGUAAACACUCCAGGCCGUUGGGUUUUCUCUACAAAUCAAGCAUCAGCGAUUUUCUAUCCAUUUGGCUCGGCGGUUGGAGACGUUCGAACUCUUGUUAAUUAUGGUGGUGAAGACUUCGCUGCAGUUAACCUAGCCAGACCAUUUGUGUUUUUUGGCCACACAUACAACCUGAUAUAUGUGAGAUUUUAA